CCUAUAUAUAACAUAUUCUGCUCUUAUGGAUUGUCGAAAUGUCUCAAUGAAGUCAUUCAUUUAUACAAUGAUAGAAAAAUAUGCAAUAAUAAUAGUCCAGAUAAUUUAUGUAAAGAAUUAAAUGAAUACUAUCAGGCUACCAAGGUUGAAAAAUUACCUUUGUUUGAAUGUGAUGAAGGCAUAGGAACACCUGUGUAUAAUGAACUACAGGAGAAAUCUACCGCUAAUAUCGCAUUGCAAGAAAGAAUGCUUCCAAAAAGUGGAAAUUUUUUAGUUCGUAAGAGUAUAAUCGCCACUAUAUUAAUAUUUGGAUUAUUCUUCAUUUUUGUUGUUUCACUUAAAGUUACACCAUUUGAACGUUAUUUACGUGAUACACUUUUAAAGAAGAGAAAUGUAGAUCACAAACAGAAAGAGGAACAAAACAAAUUUGCUGAGUACAUGUUAGAAUAUGAUAAAAUGAAAAAUUUCAACAGAGAGUAUCCAUUAUUAUACUAUGCUUCAUAA